GUGAUCUGCUUAAGCUAUUGCCUUUCUCCGGAGUCAACCCCGUUUUAACCGUGUACUCUUCUUCCUCCAGUGCCUUGCGUUCCGUGAUGUUUCAACGCAAGCUCCUAUGCUUUUUCCUAGCCGCUCGCGACAAGGCCGUUGUGAGGUUGUCCGAAGCAGAAGAUUCUGGCGCACCUCUUCACAGGCGUUUGAUGAUUGUUGGCGAGAAGUGUGCUGCUAACCUGGGCCUGACCGAUGGAUUCCGGAUGGCUGUGAGAUACCCCCCCUCAGGCCCUUCCGACUACCGCACGCGUCUCUGUAUUCUGGGUGGCCGUCAGUUGGGCCAGCCUCCCGGGGAAGACGUUUGCACCGCAGGAGUUGCUGCACGCCUUCCAAAUGAAAGGGCGUGGGUUUUAUCGCGUAACAGCAGCAUCGACAAGCGGCAGGCGUAG